UAUCGGAUACACUGUACCAUUAUUUAAAUGGCUAGAAGAUCCUAUACGAAACAACAGAUCUGGGUCUUUUUGGAAGAUUGUUUUCAGCCAAAACUCCAGGCGUUCAGCGUUCAGCCUGUGGUUCAGCAAACUGCAUCUCGCCUCUUGUCAUAAACCCGCCAGUAAAAUCGGUUCCCCAAAAUAGACCCGUCCAAAAGUUACUUCCUGGUUCAAGAUACAAUGAAAUGGUGUUCAGUGUACGUGUUGUGCGGUCUGAAGUUGUAUAGCUCCAGCAUAAAAAAUUAAAAACGAACUCAUUCCGUGCAUUCGAAGCCAAUAAUUACCAGAGCCUGAUAAGGAGAAGGCAUACGUUGUUCCCUACAACUUCACGGUUUGGAUGGAUCUGACUGCCUGUGAAUAAGGAUCUACAUGAGGGAGAAGUGCAUUCUUGUCUCAUCAACAAUCCACAAAUUAUUCGUGGAGUAAGUAAGCAUCAUGGAACCCCUUUUGAGACACAGUACUUUAUUUUUGAUAAAUGUAGUUGGCAUCAUCUGUGUGAAUGUUUUUAUGGUAUCAGCCAACAUGCAGCAAAGACAUCUGUCAGCCUAUGAGCUAACCAGCUUCAAUAAUCCUGAUCAAGAAGAUGUACCUCGAGCCCAAACGUUCAACCAUUUCACCUUGAGUGAUCAUGGUGAUGUCUAUGUUGGAGCUGUCAAUUGGUUGUACAGGUUGAAUAGUAGGUUGGAACAGAUACAGAAUGCUUCAACGUGUGAUGACAGUAUGCCUUACAAUGGGAUGCCGUGUCGUCGUACAAAUAACUACAACAAGAUACUGGUGGUUGACAGUACUCGGCCAAAUGGGUUGAUAACCUGUGGUGGUGUGUUUGAUGGUAUAUGUCAGUUGAGGCAGUUACAGGACAUUAGAUUUGUAAUGAGUGAAUCAGACCACGAUGUAGCAGGGUUUGAGGGUGAAACCACUGUUGGUCUGAUUGCACCGGGAAGAGGGGAACAUGAAAUGCUUUAUGUUGCUGCUACGUACAGUGUUGAAAGGGUGGACACUACCGGACGUUUUUCUUCAAUCGUGAGAAGAAACCUCAGCAGUAAUCCUAUAUUAAAAGCCCGGAAAGAAGUUCAGGAUGCAAUAUUUUUCAAUGAUGCCGCCCAAUCUGAAAGUUUUUUUAUUACAUAUGUUGCAUCCUUUAGCCAUAAUGGAUUCACAUAUUUUGUUGCCAACCAGAAAGAGGAUCUGAAUUCUGCUCACUAUGUUUCAAAGAUGAACCGAGUCUGUCAAACAGGCCCAAAUCUGGAUGCAUACACCGAAAUCACCAUCCAGUGCAAUGAAUCAGAUGGUAGUGCGUACAGCUUGGUGCAAGCAGCUCACUUUGGACCAGCAGGACCUGAUCUAGCCGCAUCAUUGGAUCUACUUGCAGAUGAGCAGGUGCUGUAUGCUGUGUUUGCCAAGAACCAAGGAGCACCGGGUACCAGUGAUGUACCAACCGAUCACUCGGCAUUGUGUGUAUACAGGAUGACUGAUAUCUUGGCUGGCUUCCAAGAAGCAGUACGGGGCUGUAUUCAGGAUGGUACAGCAUACUCUGUAGGCUACUUGGAUGGUUCUUUCUGCAGAAUGUUUUCGGGCGUUCAACCUGAUAAUUAUUUGUGUAAUCCUGUUGCUGAUGGCAUGACUCAGCUGUACAAGUAUGCCAAAGGGAUCACUCCUGUCUCAUCUACAGCAUUGCUUGAACAGCCCGGGACUCUGAUGUCAUCAGUUAUCACCAGCAUCGAGGUCAACCAAACUUUGGCUUUCAUUGGCACAUCAAGUGGAAAUCUUCUGAAGGUUCACGUUGAGGAUAAGACCACAGCCAGAUUGUAUGAGAGAGUGCCUCUAGAUACCAGCCCAGUAUUAACAGAUGUCAAGAUAAAUGGCACAAGCAGAGAGAUGCAUGUACUCACUGAACAAAAGUUGAUCAAAAUGCGUGCUGAGAACUGUGGUCAGUAUACCAACUGUGAGGCGUGUAUUGGGACUGAUGCAGGGAAUGAUGGAGACCCAUAUUGUGGAUGGUGCACACUGGAAAGAAAAUGUUCAAGAUAUUCCGACUGUGACUCCCCAGAUGUACCCACUCGCUGGUUGGCCUACAACGCUGCUCAGUGCAUUAAUAUUACCGAUGUAGCUCCGUACGACAGUCUGUCAAUCACUGUCACGGAACAACAGAUAAAAUUGACAGUGCAGCAGUUACCCGACCUCAAGACUGAUGAGAGUUAUGCGUGUUACUUUGGGUCAUACCAAACACCAGCUACAAAGAACGGUGAUGUGCUCAAUUGUACCUCUCCUCCAAGUAGUCAGAUACCGCGCCUUCCACAAGGAGAUGACUCGGUCAGAGUUGAUGUGGGGGUCUGGUCUUCUGAAACUUCUGUUAGAUUCAUUGACACCGACUUUAACUUUUAUAACUGCUCGACUCAUACUACUUGUGUAUCCUGUGUUGGUAGUCGCUGGGCCUGUGACUGGUGUGUGUUUGAUAACAGAUGUACUCAUGAAAGCUCCACUUGUACUAAAGCUAAUGAAAUCAUCAUUACUGGAGAAAAUAAUCCAGCCUCUUCCCCAAUGCAAGGACCAGGAUUUUGCCCUCAGCUGCUGAACCAGACUAGUGAGGUUCUGCUCCCUAAUGACGUCAGGAGGAGUAUAACCGUCACAACAAAAAAUCUGCCAGCUGAAACUGGGAUAAACUUUCAGUGCAGUUUAGAUGUGGAUGGAUCGCCUGAGACUGUUGGUGCAGUGCGAAACGGAAAUAAUAUCACAUGCAACGAGAAAGCUUAUACCUACUCCUCUGAUAAUGAACCGGAGUUUGCAGUGAGAUUGACGGUGACUUGGACUGACAUGAAUGGCUUGCCACAUAUCCUAGAUGACAUUUAUGAGUUUCAUGUGACAUUGUACAAAUGUGAAGUCCAGAAACCAGACUGCAGUCGAUGUGUUACAGCCCGUCCAGAGCUUGGAUGUCUGUGGUGCGGUGCCGUGCCUACCGUGUCAGGUGUUUGCAAACUGAAUGAAAGUUGCACUGAAAAUAUUGUGACUUUGUAUAAUGGAGUGAACUGCCCUGAUCCAGUUCUCAGUGAGGUUUUUCCUUUGACUGGACCGAUUCAAGGCAAUACAAUCCUCGCUGUUAUGGGAACGGACAUUGGUCGACGGUUUGGUGAUGUCAGAGCUGUGAUGGUUGGCAAUCAACGCUGUGACCUGGAUGGAUUGGACUCUGAUUAUGUUAUUGGAUCAAGUGUCAGCUGCAAGACGAGACCAGAAACUGAAGGAAGUGAGUUGGUCACUUUGACAAUCACAGGGGCAGAUGGUUCACAGCAGGACAGCUCAGGAACUGUCAACUUUCGAUUCACUGAUCCUAAGAUUACAUCUUUUGAGCCUCGCUUUGGCCCGGAAGCUGGUGGGACUGUUGUGAGUGUGGACGGUUCAGCCCUCAAUACAGGAAGGAAGAUUGAGGCAUUUAUAGGAAACUUUCCCUGCAACAUAACAGGCGAACGGUUUGAACCCCAGUUACAUUGCGUAACUUCAUCAGCAGGCCAAGUUGGAUUUGGAGCUCCUCUGAAUGUCUCAUUUGACGGAACUCCAAGAAUUUCAUCUUCUACUUACACAUAUGUUGAAAAUCCUGUCAUCACCAGGGUUUCUCCCCUGAAAAGCAUCAUUUCAGGUGGUCGCCUGCUAACUGUCCGGGGAACUGCUCUUGACACUUGUGUGAACCGUCAGAUUGUUGUCUUUGAUGGGAGUGGCAAUCAGGAAGUUGAGAAAUGUAGCGGCGAAUCCGACAUAAUGAUGCAGUGCCCGUCACCAAACAUAACGAGAUUCACCAGGGCUGCGGCCAAUGAGAAUGUGACCUUUGGCUUCAUAAUGGACGGGGUCACCGAGCUAAUGAGGUGGUCCCUGGACAACGGUAUGAAUUUGGAAUACUUCCAGGAUCCAGUAUACUACGAAUUUGAAGACGGAAUCAGAAGGAAAGAGGGCUCCACAUUGAACAUCAUGGGUGAGGGAAUCGACUCGGCAGUCACAGCUAAUGAAAUCAUCGUAAGGAUCGGAACUGAGACCUGCGACGUCUCCGUGAUUGCAGAGUCCAUCCUCCAGUGUUCACUGCCUGACAAUCCGCCUUCACCUGGGGACUUCUUGGGAAAUGAUACACAGAGAGGUCUGCCUGUGGUUUGGGUAAUUCACAGCAAUCUGCGGGUGCGCAUCGGUUACAUUGAGUAUCCCCCUAACGAUCCGACCAUCCCCAUUGUGGCGUCAGUCAGCGGGGCCAUCUUGUUGUGCAUCCUCAUCGCGGUCUUCUGUUUUGUGGCGCAGGUGUAUGGAGCCAAACGAGAGGCAAAACUCAUUUUGCAAGACAUGAGAGACUUAGAGGAAUCGCUGGCUGGUGAAGUCAGGCAAGCUUUUGUGGAGCUUCAGACUGACAUGACGGAUUUGACCCGGGACUUGGAAGUGGCCGGUAUGCCGUUUGUCAGUCACCGAGAUUAUGCGACCAACAUGCUGUUCACGGGCCAGGCGAUAUUGCCAAGCACUGAAGAUGAAGAGCACCCGAAUGAGCAAGUAGAGAGGGCCAUGCACAAGUUCUCCCAACUCCUUAGCAACAAGAAUUUCCUCCUCCUGCUCAUCCAAACACUGGAUGAAGAGAGAGGCUCCAAGUUGUCCAUCCGAGAAAAGCAAUCCAUUGCGUCUCUUCUGACGGUUGUGAUGAUUCUUGAGAAUAAACUGGUCUACAUGACCGAUGUCAUGAUAACAUUGAUGACCCGGAUGAUCGAGGAUGCUGCUGAUUCUAAUCGCACCCGCCAGCUUUUCUGCCGAACCGAGAGUAUUCUUGAGAAGCUGAUGUCAAACUGGGUUGCUCUUUGCCUUUACGAUCAACUUAAGCUUCACACCGCCUAUCCGCUGUUUGUGUUGUACCGAGCCAUCAAGUAUCGAAGUGAAAACGGUCCCAUUGAUGUCAUCACCGGUCGCUCACGCUUCUCGCUUAACUACGAGAAACUUCUGCAGGAAGACGUCAAAUUCAACCCAGUCACUCUUGUUGUUCUCAUGGAUGAGCGUGGAAAAACCACCAGAGAAGUCAAGGUGCUAGACGUUGACACCAUCUCCCAAGUGAAGGAGAAAAUACUAGAUGCCAUCCAUGGUAACAAGCCUUACUCCAGCCGACCAAGCGCCAAUCAAGUCAGUCUUGAAUGGCGCCAAGGAAGGGGCGGGAAACUAGUUCUAACCGACAUGGACGUGAGGCCAUUGACAGACAAGUGGCGCAGAAUCAACAUGCUGCAAGAUUUCCAUGUUAGAGACAGUGCCCAUGUAGUCUUGGUUGAGAAGCAGGAUGUGCCAAAUGCCAAACUUUCUGGAGCACUGCAGGUCCAGGGCACAUCUAACAUUAAUUUCAACUUUGAUGAUGACGAGAUUCAGCAUAGAAAGAGCACCAAGCAACCUUACUCUGUUGCUGAAGUGGAGCAGCAGGAAGGCAUCAUCGACUGGCAUCUCACCCAGGAAGAGGAGUGGCCUACAGAUGAGGAAGGAGGCAAACGGAGAAAGCAAGGAGGAUGCAUCUCACUGGACGUUGUCACCUCCAGGAACAAGAUAACCCGUCGCAAGAUCAAAGAGAUCUCCUUCCCAAGGCUCCUUUCGACAAAGGGCAUUGUCCAGGCGUAUGUGAACAACAUGUUCAAGGCCAUUCUGUCAGUAGAGAGUGCCCCCAAGGCCAUCAAGUACCUGUUUGACUUCUUUGACAGUCAGGCUUACCGGCAUGAUCUGUUGGAGAAAGACCCAGACAUAGUCCACGUUUGGAAGAGCAACAUUUUGCCACUGCGUUUCUGGGCUAACGCCAUCAAGCACCCUGACUACAUCUUUGACAUCCACGCAUCUCGCACUGUAGAAGCCAGCCUAGACGUCAUCGCUCAGUUAUUCCAUGAUUCGCAUGAUACCAAGACCCAAAAGCUGGGCAGGGAGACAUCCAUCAACAAGUUGCUGUAUGGCAGAGAGAGGACAAGGUACCACGAUGACAUUGUCUCCUUCUACGAAGAAGUAGAAGAGUUGCCUUCAGUACCCACUCAAGAGCUGAACAAGGAACUCUACAAAGCUUGCGAGGUAAAAUGUCAUUGCCAAACAGGAUCUACAUUUAGUCAUCAGUAAUUUUGUUAUCUUCUCGCAUAUUGCUAAUGGAAUGGACGUGUUUUAUCAAUGUAAUCACACUGUUAUAAAAUACAGCCUGGUCUGAGCAUAGAAUUGCUUCAUUUGUUGC